AUGGAAGUCGACCCAGUCAUAGUGGCCAUCUUCGGCCCUGUUCCUCCGGGACUCGACCUCACUGAGAACCAGAUCACUGCAGACAAUGUAGCAGCGGUAGUAUGCGCGGUCAUCGCCACCGUUGCCCUCUGUCUGCGAGUAUGGGCGAGAAACGCUCAAAGAUUCGACAUGAUGUCGGAUGAUUGGUUGAUGAUUGUUGCGCUUGUGUUCGUCUACGGUACAGCAGGUCUAACGAUAUAUGGUGGCUCAAAAGGCGCCGGCAAGCACGUUUGGGCUACAAAACCAGAGGAUCUUACUGCCAUUUUCAAGACAUUGUACGCAUAUACGUAUGUUUAUGCCGGCAGUGUUUCGUUUACGAAAUUCUCUAUUCUGCUAUUCUAUCGCCGUUUGUUCAAACGAGGCACGAAAUGGUUCCAUAUUCGACUUGCGAUAGCAACAUUCCUUUGCGUCGGCUACCCCAUAACCAUUUGGGUGCUGAUGUGCUUCGUGUGCAAACCGGUAUCUCAUUUCUGGACGCAAUUCCAGGGAACCACCGGUACUUGCCUCGAUAUUAACGCGAUCCUGAUGAGUUUGACUUGUGUCAACAUGGUCUUCGAUAUCAUCGUUUUGAUUGUCCCGAUUCCUGAGAUUCUGCAACUGCAGAUGUCUACCAAGAAGAAGGUUGCAGUGUGCGGUGUCAUGUUGCUGGGUAGCUUCGUGUGUGUUGCUAGUAUCAUCCGUAUCAACGCGUUCAUCGAGUUCAUCAACGCGGUUGACAUCACCUGGUCUAUGGCCCACAUCUUCGUCUGGUCUUCGAUCGAGCCGGCGAUUGGUAUCUUAUCAGCGUGUCUGCCCAGCUUGCGACCUCUCUUUCGUCGCGCGAAGGACAAGAUAACAACACACAGCGGAUCGAAGCAAGGGUCGAGCGCCAACUGGGGAACGAAGGCGAGUCGAGGCCCGAACAGCUACGUCCGAUUUGGAAGUCAACAUGAGUCGAGAUCGCAAGACGACGAGGUAGCUUUGACAAGCAUUACCAAGGGACCAACGGGAUCGGACGAGACGAUUCCAAAGGAUGGCAUCAUGGUGCGAUCGGAAAUUGUACAUGAAUAUCAACACGCCAAGAAUUAG